CCUCCCACCCCCGUCUCCCCUCACCCCCGUCUCCUCUCGUCCCCGUCUCCUCUCAUCCACCCAGCCUUGUCCUCUACACUGUCCGCUUCCGCGACUCCAAGCUGCUACAGCUGACCGCACCUUCCGCCCUCCAGACUCACACAGCACGUCAAACCAACCAAUCAAUCAACCAACCAAGCACCCUCCCUCCCCUCAGCCCCACCACAACUCACCCGCAGCUUCCUUCUAUCCUUGAUACUCUCCUUCAAGCGUCACUCACACUCACCCUCACACCCUCACUCUCACCCUCACCCUCACUCUCACCCUCACUAUCUCCCCACACUGCCACAGUAAGAUGCCCAUCAGGGUCCGCCUACGAGCGCCGAACGGGCAGCACACACUCUCGCUCGACGACAACGCCGCCGUCUCAGACCUCCUCUCUGCCAUCACCACAUCCACAGACCUUCCGCUGUACGAGCUGAAGUGGGGCUUCCCACCGCAGCCGCUCGAUCCAUCGCUAUACGGCCUCUCCACUCUCCUCAAAGACACCGACCUGAAGCUCAACGGCGCCCAGAUCCUCGUCAUCGCGCAAGCAACUGGCGACCCCAGCGAGAAGAGGAGGGAGGAGGAGCUCCAGGCUGCCACAUCGCAACCAGCAGCACCUCUUUCGCUACAACGGAAGGAGCAGCCAGUGCUGAAGGACACACCAGAAGUAUUCGUGCCUGAUCGGAGCGGUACCAUGGUGCUGCGCGUCAUGCCAGAUGACAACUCGUGCAUGUUCCGAGCAGUCGGCAGCGCGGUCCUCACAGACACGCUUGACUCGAUGACCGAGCUGCGAUCCAUGGUCGCCCAGGCUAUACAACGCGACCCCGAAUACUACAACGCAGCAAUCCUUCAGCGGUCACCGGACGAGUACUGCAAGUGGAUACAAUACUCCGACUCGUGGGGCGGCGGCAUCGAGCUGAGCAUCCUGUCGCAAGAAUUCGACAUUGAGAUCGCGAGCAUCAACGUGCAGGACUUGCGAGUAGAUCGCUUCAACGAAGGCCGACCGCGGCGCUGCAUCCUCGUCUACUCAGGCAUACACUACGACACCAUCGCCUUCGUUCCUUACGGCUCCUCGACGUUCAGUCCGGAGAACGACGUCAAGCUGUUCGAUGCUAGCGACGACGUUAUGCUGGAGGCGGCGCGGCAACUAUGUGGCGAGUUGAAGAAGAAGAAGUACUACACCGACACACAGAAGUUCGACGUCAAGUGCAAUACUUGCGGGUGGAGAGGCGCAGGCGAACGAGGUGCAGUACAGCACGCUGAGGAAACAGGGCACGUCGACUUUGGCGAGGCAAAUUAGAUGCGAACGCUACAUCGGCGUCCUAACAACGGCGGCAUCAUUGGUAGGGAUGUAGGACGUAUGGUCUUAUGGUGGGGAACACAAUAACAAAGCACAAACACAUUCUUCAUAUGCAAGACUUGUCACCUCUCUGG